AACACCAACACAUUCACCGCGUGUGAUGUGUAGAGUAUUGCUCAAGUCUUCCUCUGACGUGGGGACAGGGCACACGUCCUCGAAGAAAAAGACGAGAUAUAUUCCAACGUGAUAUAUGAACGCGCUGAGUAAGAUCAACCCAACAAGCAGUCAUCGAUCUGAUUUUGGAACAGGCGGUGGCGAUCUGAGCGCCAGAACAGUCAUCAACAGUGUCCCGACGCAAUGGUGGAGAGAGGCUGUGACUUGCCAAAGUGGCCGCGAAAAGCUAGUCGCAUGGAUAGAAUUCGAUAAUGUGGUCAAGGUCACAACAUGUGAGGACUUUGACGAAUACGUGGACGUCCAGUACUCCCAAUCUUCGGCAUUGCGUGCCAUGGACCCCAAUCGACAGCUCGAUGUUUACAAGGUGCUUGGUCCGCUGGACAGACCAAAGGCAGAGAGGUUCUGGAAACCGAAGGGUGCUGACAUCGUGGUCAGUCGUCCCAGAGCGAGAGACAUCCCUACACACGCCCAAUGGCCAUACUGGGAUUCAACACUGCUACUAAGGCCCAGAAGACGUAAUCGUGGUCAAAGCAGACGCGAGUACACGCCAGUUGACCAAGAGAUGAUGAUUUCCUGCCUAAGAGCACAUGCGAGAAGAAAGACCGCAUGUAUUUCCACUACCCACCUUCUCACCUCAAACCACCGACCCAUUUCCUUCACAGCCCCGCCAGACCAAGCCAAGAGCGGACCGUAAGGAGAAUGUGCCGUUGUCAGGCAGCUUAUCACGAACCGUGGCAGCAAGACCCGCCGCUUCAGUUACGCACCACAGGCGGAGUCGCCGCCUGCAAGACCCGCCGCCCGAGGAUCAUGAAAGAGAUUGGAACGCUGCACAU